CGCUUGACCAUCCCGUUUCCUUAUCAAAUGUUCGUUUCUGGCAAAACCACGUUUUGUUAAACCUAUUUGGAGUUGGUGCGAAGGUUUGGCGAAACUUUUCUAUCGACUCUUGCUUCGGACCCUUCAAGGAGAACCUUUUUGGAGAAGCUGAAAAGGGCUUCGUUGCUUUAUGUUGGUCUAAGGAAGUUAGAGGUCACACGACCCAUCGAGGAAAAUCGAAACCUGAAGUGGGCUUCAACUUCCGACUGAUAGGAGCAUCUUACACUUCUGUUGGACAAGAACCAGAGGAUGAAAAAAUGCCUUCAAAGAAUGCCGUAAACGGCCCUAUAAGGUAGUUAAGAAAACUUCGCUCAGUCCUCAACAUUUUUUCUGAUCAAUAUCUUCUGUUAGCUUUUGAUAUGAAAUUGGUGUUUUGGAUAUAAAGGGAACUUUUUUGAACUAGAAAAGAAUGACAAACGUAUAGUUCGACCAUACAACAACUUUUUCGGUAUUAUUCGGAGUUUGUGUAAAGAACCCGACUUGUUUUUUAUUGUUGUUGGGAAAAGCAAGGGUUUAAGUUUGAAGCAUUAAGUAGCUGUUUGAUUAUCAAAAGUCAUACUACAUUUUAUUUCUUUAUCACCUUUGGACGCUUCCAGUAUCGUUGAAUUCCUUGAAAAGACUCUUCUUGAAACACCUACUCAAGUUCCGAUUCGUUAUUGGAAUGUACAGGUGGAGUUCCNGAAACCAGCCUUUCAUAUCGAAAGAAGAAUGUUUGACGUGUAUGAAUGACUACGAUUUCCGAAGAAUUUGUGCUGAACCAUUUGUGGAACGAAUAUUGAAUUUGGACGAAGAUAGAAAAAGUGUUUUUGAUUUACUUUUGAUGAUGGCACUUUAUCGUAUACCGUUUAAAGUAGAUGAUAUAUUGUCCUCGGAGUCCUUUUUAUUUGAUGUCGUCACUGAAAUGGGACUAUAUCGAUAUCCUAUUGAUCAGAAUACUUUCCAAAUUCUUAUUCCAAAAGUAUUUGUUGGAAUCUUCAAGAACGACCCUUCCAUCUCUUCUUUGGAAAAGAUACUUCUCGAAUCACUUGAUGUAGAACCAGUAGAUUGUUUCUUCUAUUCAAAGUGUCGUGUAUUUGAAGGAAUUGUUGCUUUACGACUAGUUUUGAUGUUGUCUUCAAAGAAUCGAAAUGAGUUGAGGGAAUUGUUGUGUCAAUUGUCUCCGAUAUGGAAACAAAUGAAACUUCCAAUGAGUACAAUAUCACCUAUUCACUAUAUCAAGUCUGUUGUUAGUUCUAGAGAAACAAAAAGUGAAUCGAACAAGAGUCGACGAACUUUUGCCAAUAGUGAAUGGAAUAAGAUUAUUCGAGAGACACUUUAUUUAGAGACUAUUUACAUUCCUUUGGACGCUACUUCUCAUAGUCCUGAUAUUAUAUUCCAAUUACAAUCUCCUGUGGAACCCAAAGUUCUUACUGUUGGAGUUGCAUGUAAAGGACGUUGGAAGUCGGAAGGAAUUGGCUGGUCAGAUAUUAUAGAUGAAGCCAAGAAAUUUUUAGAUCCUGUUUAUGAUCAAGUCUUAUCCAGUGCAAUGGAUUAUCAUCAUUGUAUGCUUAUUAUCGUUAGUACAAAGUUAUCAUUGAAUGUUUCUAAUGAGUUGGGUAAUCAGAGUCGUUGUUACUCCAGUGGAAUGUUUAUUGGAGGUGAUUUGUUCAAAGUACCUGAUAAUUGUGAACUUGUUAUUCUUUGUGAAAGAGAUGUCCAAAUGCUGAUUGACGAAGAAAUAUUGAAUGGACUUGAAAGAGCAUUUCAUGUUUCUCAUAAUCCUACUUUUUGGGAUUUUGGAUUAGAUUUACUUG